CGGGGCGGCAGAGCCGGCCCGCGGUGCCGAGCGGCGGCUGCGGGGGAGCGGCCGCGGCCCGGCCCUGCCGCCGACAUGAAGAUCUGGACCUCGGAGCACGUGUUCGACCACCCCUGGGAAACUGUGACCACAGCUGCCAUGAGGAAAUAUCCAAAUCCCAUGAACCCCAGCGUGGUUGGAGUCGAUGUCCUGGACAGACACGUGGAUCCCAGUGGGAAGCUGCACAGCCACAGGCUCCUGAGCACAGAGUGGGGAAUUCCCUCCAUUGUGAAAUCGCUCAUUGGCACCUGCAGAACAAGGACAUAUGUUCAGGAGCACUCAGUUGUUGACCCUGUGAAGAAAACAAUGGAGCUUAAAUCCUGUAAUAUUUCAUUUACAAACCUCGUGUCAGUAGAUGAGAGGCUUGUUUACAAACCACACCCUCACGAGCCACACAAAACCAUUCUGACGCAAGAAGCAAUAAUAUCUGUCAAAGGUGUCAGUCUCAGCAGUUACCUGGAAGGGCUAAUGGCAAACACAAUUUCUUCUAAUGCUAAAAAGGGCCGGGAAGCAUUGGAGUGGGUAAUUAAAAGACUGAAUGCUGAAAUUGAAGAGUUUGCAGCUUCAGCAAGAGGAACCAUGAGGAAUUCAAUGGCAGCAGCAGCGUUUGUAGAGAAAUGAUAGUACUUAUACCUGUAUCACUAACGAGGCUUAACAACCUGCAGCUUCUCUCCAAGCCUAAAUACAUGUAUCCUUUGUUAUUUAAAGGCAUACCUGUGUAUCAGGCACAUUACAAAUUUAAUUUGGAGAAAAGCUGAAUUCUUACUAAGGCUGAGGUUCAAAGGCUAUUUAAUAUAUUGGGUCAGCUGGACCGAAUUUCGGUUACAGAUGAAGAAAUAAUUUUCAAGUUUAGUUCCUGUAUUUACAUGAACACUAACUUAGAAUGUUUGCAGAUACGAAAUAGCCUCACUUAGUGAUGAGGCUGCACAUGGUGGAGGACACUGGCAUGUUAGGCUAAUUUCUGUGGAACUUUUAUUUUGUAUGUGACUUCUGGACUACCUCUUUUGGGACCAAGCCCAAAAUUAAGCAGAAUGGUUGUUCCAGCAUUGUUCUGUUUCUUGAUUUUUGACAGUUGUGUGACACAACUCGGUUUAACAGAAAGCUUAUUACUUGAUGCUUGAAAUACAAAAGAAUGUACAAAAUAUUUUUGAUAAGCUUUUUAACUUGUUUAACGGGGUGAACUAAUAUGGUACUCAAAUUAUUUUUCAGUCAGUGUAGGUAAAACAUCAAAUUGUCUCUUACCUACCAAGACCUACCUUCUGUUCCUAAAUGCAACAUUAAUGAGCUGGGCAUGCAGUACCUAAAAUAAAAUUUUAUCUUUAACUUCUAUAAGUAUCUCAAUUUCUAAAAGCUUAUUAACUAAAGGGGUACAAUAAGCAUAGAGCCUUAAAAUCUUGCAAGCUGCUACAAUAGUAGGUGUUCCCUUCAAAGAACCAAUUAAAGACAAAAAACUCCUUGUGAAUUUAGCUAAAGAGUACCUAAACAAAAAAGGAAGUAAUAUUUAACAAUAUACAUAUUAAUCUGAUCACACUCCAAAGAUAACGUGCUACAUCAGCUGAAUAUUGUGUUGUCCUUUAAUUUAAACAGUGUUCUGAGUUCCAGGUUAAUUUGCUCACAGCACAAGGCUCUUUGUGUUCUCAAGGGUUUCAUUAAAUCUUCUACAGUUCUUGGUACUCAUUGUAUGUUCUUGGUACUGUCACCAGUCAUUUGCUGCAGGAACUUAAAGGUCAGACCUUGCCAUCCUUCCUUACAUCGUGUGCCAGUCUGCUGGUAGUGCUGGUGACCUCAGCAGGGACUCUGUCCCGUGAGGCUCCUUCAGUGUGACAGAAAAAUGCAAAGGCACAGCCCUGAAUUAGCUGAUGGUGGUAUUUUGGUGCCAGAGGCUUUUCCUGGAAAUUUGAUUCUAAUCUUACAAGUGAUUUCAAGACUCCCUCUUAGCCUUUAAGAAGUGUAAUGUCACCUGUCCCAGCAUAUUUUAUUUUGCAUGCCAUUUCUGGUAUAUCAGGUUGCCUAUUGCGUAGUGUCUGCUGUGUAGAGAACCAGAGGUUAUUUUCAGUGGUAAUCACAGGAGAAUUCUUCUGUAAUCACAUUCUUCUGUAAGGUUUGUGUUGGGGGAAGAAAACAGGUAUAUAGAUAUAUAACUUUUAAAAAUUUAACUAUUCUAAAUAUUUUUCUAAAAUGAAGUUAUUUGAGACUACCUUACUAAAUUAAAGUCAUUGAGGUUUGCCAUGCUUUUACAGGAGAUUAUUACAACUGAAAUAGCAUUUCAAUUUUUAAAGUAUAUGUGAAACUUCUGCAAAACUGUACCAUCAUUUCUGAUAAAAAUGCUUUGCUUGAAAUUCAUUUUACAUGUUUGGUUAGCCAUUACCAUCACCUGAUAUUUUAAAAGUUUUUUCUUUUCCAAAUUUUUCUGCACUAAGGGCUGCAUAGUAUGAACUCAGUUUGGCCCUGCACUGAAAAAGAACUUAAAUGUUUAAUUUUUUGCAGGCAUUCAACAACUUCUUGAAAGAUAAUAAUUUUCUUCUAUUUUAUUUAUGUGCCUGCAUUCUCAUUCUGUCAGAGUAUGGCUUUCUGUAUGUGGCGCUUUUUAAAUAAAAUUUUAUUUGAAUUCUGACUAGUUCCUGAAA